GUAAUAAUUUUCUGUAUCGAUAUGAGCAGGUCCAAUGGCAUUUGCAGAGAAGAUGGUAUUGGCAGUGUUUUCGGUGCUAAUAGUUCUAUGGAUGACAAGAAGCAUAACAGAUGAUAUUCCUGGUUGGGCUGCACUCUUCAAUGGGCGAGCAGGUGAUGGAACUGUCAGUGUGAUGAUGGCAACCUUCUUGUUUAUAAUUCCAAACAAGAAGCAAAAGGGUGAGAAGUUGAUGGACUGGAACAAAUGCAAGAAACUACCUUGGAACAUCAUAUUGCUGUUAGGUGCUGGCUUUGCCAUAGCUGAUGGUGUCUGGACUAGCGGCCUGACAGAUAUAUUGUCGAAAGCCUUGGAUUUCUUGGAGGAAGUUCCAUAUUUAGCCAUUGCCCCUGCUGUCUGUCUUAUAAGUGGGACUAUCACUGGGUUCACAUCAAACAAUGCCACUACAACCCUUGCGAUUCCUCUGCUGGUUCAGAUUACACACAGUAUGCAUGUCCACACACUUUUGCUUUUGGUUCCUGGAGCAAUUGGUGCACAGCUUUCAUACUUGCUCCCAACAGCAACACCUUCAAAUGUUGUUGGGUUUUCAACUGGCCAUAUUGAAAUCAAAGAUAUGACCAAGACUGGUAUCCCACUUAAGAUUGCUGGAAUUGCUGCACUUUCCCUUUCGAUGCCUACACUUGGUAAUUAAUUACUAAUCCAUCCUUUAAUCUUUUGC